AUCGAUACAUAAGGAGAGUAGUCACAACCUAAUCUAUCUCUUCAAUUGAUCUAUCGAUACAUUUAUGUACUGUACACACGAAUCAUUUUCGAUUGGAAUAGCCUCUGAAAAAAGCUAAAACAGACAGCUGCCCUUCCCCUGUCCGUACACUUUUUUUGUCUUUAAUAGCUUCUGGUGCGGUGGGUUUUCACUGUUUGUGGAUGCCCUUGGCUUUGCAUUUAAGGGGAGGGUGAAGGUGGUGGACUGGCGGUGGUGGUAAUAGCAAGUGCUAUUAAAACUAAGCUUGGGGGGGAGGAGCAGAGCAAUCAAAGCUUGUCGGUUGCAGUGUUUACAAAUACAGAUAUACAGAUAUAGAUAUGUAUCAAGGAUCAUCUAUCUCUGCCUCAGUUAAUUGAGGCCCAUUUGGCUUAACUAUCUAGCUUCCCAACUUCCAAUUCCAUUGGUUCAUGUUUCUCUGUCAGAUUCAUGAAAAACAGAGAACAGUAACCCUUUCUUAUCUUAUUCUUUCCAUUUAUAUAUUUAACCAUUCUCCUCCUCUUUCCUAAUCAGUCAAAUUCUCAUUUGGUGCCAAGAGUAGUUCACCUUUCCACUCAAUCCAAUGCUCUAUCUCCUAAUAUCUUGUGUCUCAUUCAUCCUUGUUUCCAAGUCCUUCACCAACAAGCAAGCAUGGCAGCAGGGUAAGCUCAAGUUGUUUUCAAUUGGGCCAUCAAAUUUCCUAGUGUCCUGGUUCCAGAAUAGUAGGCUUUAUACAGGUUUAUUCCAACCCAUUACCUUCCAAGUUAAACAAAUGAUGGCCGAGUCUUCUAGUUCAAGAUUAGUUGUGGAGAAUGUGGAUCAGGAACAACAAGCUGGCCAUGUUUCUUUAUUGGAUUUGCCUGAUUUGACAUUGGAGUGCAUUCUUGAAAGGCUUUCCCCAUCUGGGUUAUGCAAUAUGGCUGGAGUUUGUACUUCUAUGAGGGAUAGGUGUACAAGUGACCAUUUUUGGAAGAAGCAUAUGAAGCAGAAAUGGGGUAAACUGAUUGGGGCUGCUGCUUAUAGAGAAUGGGAAUUGCAGCAUAUGGCUAUAGCAAGAAGAAGAAACAGCGAGUCUGAUCAAACCAAGAAGAAAAGUGUACUUGACUCCCUUUUUGGGUUUUUACCUUUUUGUUCAUGGGUGAUCAGACCAAAAUCACAAAGUUGCAGGGCGAAGAGUACUGGUGCGACUACUUUUUCGGUUGAUUCCAUCAUGUCUUUAUAUCUUUCUCUUGAAAGAGGGGACUUCUGGUUCCCAGCUCAGGUCUAUAACCGUGAGAACGGUAAUGUAGGCUUUAUGCUGUCUUGUUAUGAUGCACAACUGAGCUAUGAUUCGGGAACAGACACAUUUCAAGCAAGGUAUUCACCUUAUGGGAGGAGGACAAAUGAGGAACAUAUACCGUGGGAUAGACUAAGAGCUACUCCAGUUGAUACUCCCUCACAUAUGCUUCAUGUCUCUGAUUGUUUACAUGACUUAAAACCCGGUGAUCAUAUCGAAAUCCAAUGGAGAAGAAGCAAGGAAUUCCCUUAUGGUUGGUGGUAUGGUGUCAUUGGCCACUUCGACCUGUGCGAUGGGAAUGAGAAUCACUGCCAUUGUCACUGCAAUGAUAUAGUAGUACUGGAGUUCAGUCAAUAUACCCCUGGCUCGCGAUGGAGACAAAUGAUGAUAAACCGAAAAGAUCACCGAGAAGAAGGAAACGAGGCAGAUGGUUUCUAUGGAGGAAUUAGAAAGCUUUACAAUGGCGAGGAAAUUGCAAAAUGGAAGCUCCUAUGGCCUAACCAAGUCCUGGAAUAACUAUUUCCACUCUCAUUCAUGAUUGAUUCCUAAAUAAAUAUUGAGAAUGCUUUUGUUUUCACUAUUGAAUUGUGAUUGUAAAGCUUACAGUCAGGGACAUUGGAUCAAUUUGGAAAUUGUUGACGUAGCUUAAACUUUUGUAAAUCAACGUCCAAUGAAAUAGUCAUUUUUAGAGGAACAAGCUAAUACCCUAAUGAAUUUGUUCACAAGUAGAGAAAAUUGCCAGUUGUAAAUACAGGCAAGUUUAGUUUUUUUUUC